AUGAGCCCGAUUCCUCUUGAGAUGUCUUCACCAAGUCACCGAGCAAAUCACAUAGCCGGUGUUCUAUGCGACGAACGUGUUGACGCAUACAUGCCUGAGUCUUCGAACGCAUGGUACUGUGGAACCUGCUCGACCGUUUCGGCGACUCCAGAGGGUGCUUUAUCUACCGCAGAGGAACCGAUUUCCAAUCCGACGCAGCGCCGUCAGGAGGCCAGCUCAGAGGGGUAUGACGAUGCCGGAUGCAACCUCGCCGAAACGCAUCACCGACUCCUCGCUAUCCUUCCUUUGUGGUCAUGGUUUCAAUCGAAUCCUCAUGCUUCCCAAGUUAGGUGGUGCCCCGAGAGCUCCACGUUCCCUGUCUUCGCUUUUGUGAAGUUUUACGCGGCAUCCCAGUCCAUCAUCGAGCUGGUAUCCUCGGGCGGUAAUGGGUCUUCUGAGGGGUCGCUCACAAGGCUCAGGUGGAUCGAUGGAGAAAAACUUUGGAUUGAGCGGAAGAUCUUCUUGCCAAGAUUCAUUCCUUUCGGCGGCCUAAAUUUGCCUCUCGCGUCCUCUCUUCCGCCGUUCCUUGACGUCGUGCAACUGCGGUCCCGGUUUCGUGGUAACGCCCACUCGGACCUUGACGGCCGUUCCGUACUUGGCAGGACGGUACCGACGGCACCCCCUAUUUCUACCUACGGCACAGAGAUCGACGUGCCUGAUGCAAUCGGUGUCAUGACAAAGUUGGAAGACGGAUCAUUCGGGGGUGGUAGUUCGCACCUGAAUCAGGGCACUACACUCCAGCGGUUGGCAACGACUGGCGACCUCAUGCCGGACUCGGACCAUGCAAAGCAGACGAAGACGAAGCAUGGCUGA